AUGACUUUGAUCUCCGUCCUCAUCUGGACUCUCCUCUGCUGCUGCUUCACAGGUUCAUCAGGACAAAUCACUGUGACUCAGUCUCCUGGAUCUCAGUCUGUUGUUCCAGGACAGACUGUCUCCAUCAGAUGUAAAACCAGUUCAAAUGCUUAUAGCAACCUCCACUGGUACCUUCAAAAACCUGGAGAAGCUCCUAAACUCCUGAUUUAUGCAGCUACAAACCUUCAGCCUGGAGUUUCAGAUCGUUUUAGUGGAAGUGGAUACGGCACUGACUUCACUCUGACCAUCAGUGGAGUUCAGGCUGAAGAUGCAGCAGUUUAUUACUGUCAGAGUCGUCACUAUAUCAACAGUCAGAAUGUGUCAUCAGGACAAAUCACUGUGACUCAGUCUCCUGGAUCUCAGUCUGUUGUUCCAGGACAGACUGUCUCCAUCAAAUGUAAAACCAGUUCAAAUGUUGAUAGCCUCCUCAGCUGGUACCGUCAGAAAUCUGGAGAAGCUCCUAAACUCCUGAUUUAUUGGGCUACAAACCUUCAGCCUGGAGUUUCAGAUCGUUUUAGUGGAAGUGGAUAUGGGACUGACUACACUCUGACCAUCAGUGGAGUUCAGGCUGAAGAUUCAGGAGUUUAUUACUGUCAGCAGAGUUACAGCAGCCCGUUCACACAGUGA